AUGUUCGAAGCGCGUCUAAGUCAAGGCUCCGUCCUCAAAAAAGUUCUCGAGGCUGUCAAAGAACUAGUGACAGAUGCUAAUUUUGACUGUUCCGAAACGGGUAUCUCACUCCAGGCCAUGGAUAAUUCUCAUGUAGCUUUGGUUUCCGUCCUCCUCAAAGCCGAUGGCUUCGACCCGUAUACCUGCGAUAGAAACAUUCCGUUAGGAGUGAAUUUAGGAAGUUUGAAUAAAAUACUAAAAUGUGCGGGAAACGAAGAUACAAUUACGUUAAAAGUAGAUGAGACUGGGGAUACAUUGAACUUGUUAUUCGAGAGCCAAAAUAACGAUCGAUUCGGUGAAUAUGAACUAAAGUUAAUGGACAUUGAUCAGGAACACCUUGGAAUUCCUGAAACAGAAUAUGAUGCCAUUGUCGUCUUGUCAUCGGGCGAAUUUCAACGAAUUUGCCGUGACUUGUCUGGGAUUAGCGAGUCGGUCAGCAUUUCAGUAACAAAAGAAGGCGUCAAGUUCCAAGCAAAAGGAGAAGUUGGAACGGGGAAUAUUACUCUUCGACCAAACAGUUCAGUUGAUAAGGGCUCUGACUCAGUCUCAAUAAAACUCACCUCUCCAGUCGACUUGACCUUUUCCCUAAAGUAUCUCUCGAAUUUCACAAAAGCCGCACCGUUAUCGGACAAAGUCACGCUAUGUAUGGCAUCGAAUACACCAUUAUUGGUUGAGUAUAAUAUGGAAGAAUGUGCGCUUGUUAGAUAUUAUCUUGCGCCUAAGAUUGAGGAUGAGGAGUAA